UCUCACUUCUCAUCUCCGCCUUAGAUUUUCCUCUUCUCUGUGUCUCUUUCUAUUUUUCUCUUUCUUUUCUAUGUAUCUUUCUUUUUAAAAGAAAAAGAACUCUCUGUGUGUGUUUAUCAGUACAAAUUGAUUGUUAUUAGUUAAUUUAAAUUAAAUGUGAAAUUUGUUUCUCCAUUUCCUUUGUCAAAUCCACCAUGAUAAACAUCCCCAGGAUCCAAGUGUUUCGACCUACUCUUGAGGAGAUGAAAGACUUUGAAGGAUAUAUCGAUAAAAUUGAGAAAUUAGGUGCUCAUAAAGCAGGCCUAGCAAAGAUUAUACCUCCUCCAGAAUGGAAACCUCGACGUAAAGAUCCAGACUAUCAAUCUGAGGAAAUAAAUUCACUUGUUAUUAAAGCUCCAAUACAACAAGUUGUUCAAGGUCGAUUAGGCCUCUAUCAACAAUAUAAUAUACAAAAAAAAUCCGUAACAGUAAAAGAGUUCAAAAAACUUGCUGAUAGUUCAAAAUACCGGACACCUGAAUUUUUUGACUAUGAAGAAUUAGAGAGAAGGUAUUGGAAAAAUGUUGCUUACAAUGCACCAAUUUACGGAGCUGAUGUUCCUGGUUCAUUGUAUGAUGAAGAUGUUGACGAAUUCAACAUAAAUCGACUCAAUACCAUUCUUGAUAUGGUUAAUGAAUCUUAUGGUAUUAAGAUUAUGGGUGUUAACACUGCUUAUCUAUAUUUUGGUAUGUGGAAGACCACAUUUGCCUGGCACACUGAAGAUAUGGAUCUUCAUAGUAUCAAUUAUCUUCACUUUGGUGCACCAAAAUCAUGGUAUUGUGUCCCACCUGAGCAUGGACGAAGGCUCGAAAGGCUUGCUGCUGGCUUCUUUCCUUCAAGCGUAACCUCUUGUCCAGCUUUCUUAAGACACAAGAUGACCUUAAUUUCUCCAGCCGUCUUAAAACAGUAUUCGAUACCUUAUAAUAAGAUAACUCAAGAAGCUGGUGAGUUUAUGGUUACUUUUCCAUAUUCUUACCAUGCUGGUUACAAUCAUGGUUAUAAUUGUGCCGAAUCAACUAACUUUGCAACAGUUAGAUGGGUUGAAUAUGGAAAAAGGGCAACUAGGUGUAACUGUCGAAGUGACUCCGUCAAAAUAAGUAUGGAGGCUUUUGUCAAAAAAUAUCAACCUGACAGGUAUGAUCUUUGGCUACAGGGUAAAGACAUUGGACCUCAUCCAGAAGAUCCUACUCAUAUCUCACCUGCACCUUUACCGUCUGACUAUGAACUUGAAGUAUUAUCUAAAGUGAGCAAAAGUAAAAGGCAUCCACCAUAUAAGCCUGAACCUGAAUCAUCGGACACAGAAUCUAUGGAUAACCAUAGUAAUCAUAAUAAUAAUGUUCAUUGUGAUCAAGUUCCACUCGUGGUUUCAGGUUUCCCAACAAAAGCUGCUCUUAAACAUUUUGAAACUCCAGGACCUUCAGAUAUUCAACAAUUGAUUCAGAAACAUGGAUUCGGAGAGGAUGUUAUGAGUAGUAUGAAUUUGGAUCAACAUUAUCUGAAAACAAGUCCACCGGAUAUGAAAGAUGCAGUGAAACGUAUGAAAAAUCGUUUUACUGUUCCAAAAAGUUCUCCUAAUAAACGUUCAAGAAAAUCUUCCUUACCCUCUGCCACUGUUUCGAUUGCUCCCGAAACAGCAACUACAUCCAACGGAAUUAUUGAUAAUAAUUACAACAUGAACAAUGAUCAAUUUCCAUUAACACCACAAACAGCAAAUCCAUUAAUUGAUACCUCAUCAAAAUCUAUGUGCACACAACCAGCUCAUAGUUUAUUACCAUUACCAUGGGUCUCUAAAGGUGGACAUGAUCCUGGAGCCUUAAGAUUAAUUGAUAGAUUUCUCAGUUGUGACUUACAACCCCCGACAAUGUUUUCACCAUCAACAUCAACAAACUAUUAUCAUCCCUCAGAACAUAAUCAUCUUUCAUCAACUGGUCACACAAACUACUAUCACCAUCCUUCAAAUCAACCCCAUCCACCAACAGGACAAUUAACUUACAAUUAUCAUCAACCUGAACCUCAUCAUACAACAACGGAACCUUCAGAUUACUAUCAUGCUUUAGAAGAUGAUGAAAAACCAACUGACCUGUCGACAUACUUUCAUCACACAGAUGAACACACAUCAACAAUAACAACAAAUGAUUACUUUCAUCAAGCAAACACAUCAACAUCAUCAUCAAAUCAAGAUCUCAUAGUAAAAACCAAAAAGGUUCAAAGUGAUGAUUUGUCUAAGCUGUUAGCUGAUGAAACUUGUAGCCGCGAUUUGCGAGAACUUUUAAAGCGCGUACCUGUCCAACCCUUUCUAUACCAACACUUACCUUACAAUUUUUUUGGUGAACAAAUGUAUAACAGUUGCAUGUCAAGUGUGUUCCCAUAUUGUUCUGUGUGUAUAGUUAUGAGAAGAUUUGAGAUCCCCGAUGAUUGGGUUGAAAAAUACUCUAAGAUACCUUCCUCUAGUCCUAUUUUAAUUCCAAAGGCCACUUUUGCCACCAAAGUGAAAGACGAGAAAGAUGAGAAUAUGAUUUUAGAACCAAUAUCUCAAUUAAAGCUUGAAGAAGUUGAUAUAUCUCCGUUACUAGUUUGUUCGGAUUGCAAAGUUUGUGUACAUUCAAUCUGCUAUGGAGUCACCGAUACACUAGAAAUUGAAAGUGAUAAUUGGCUUUGUGAUCGCUGUAAAGAUAAAAAUUACGGUGUACACUGUUGUAUUUGUCCAUUGCGAGGAGGGGCACUCAAAAAAACACAAGAAGAAAAUAAAUGGGCUCACCUAACCUGCUCAUUAUUACAACCCGGGGUUAUUUUUAAGGAUAUUUCUAGUAAAAUGCCGAUAGAUAUUAGUGGUAUCAAACGCGAAUGGAGAAAUUCACGCAUUAAAUGUAUAUAUUGUCAAAAAUUAAAUCACAAGCUUGCAGAUUAUAUCGAGGGUUUUUGUAUUCAAUGUUUUAUGGCACCAAGAUGUUCAAGUAUAUUUCAUACAACUUGCGGCUAUCUAAAUGGUGCCAAAUUUGAAAUGGACGAUUGGCCUUUUCCACUAAAAGUUUUCUGUACCCGAUGUAUGGAUAAGACGUCAUAUAAAAAUAAUGCCAUUAACAACGAGGAUGAAGUUGAUUUAGGAACUAUUGUUUUAGCGAAACAUAAAAAUAGACGAUACUAUGAAGCGACUGUUGUUGAUAAGAAAAGUUUUAUUUUACAUCAUGCUCACCUUGAUGAUAAUUCAAUUUUACAAUCACUUACAAGUUCAGAUAUUUUGGAACCUGACAUUGAAAAUGAUGGAAUACCAGCAACUGGUGAUACCAUUAAAAUUACAUGGGAAAAAAUGAUACAAUAUGGCAAAUAUGCUGGUAACCAUACGUUGACCAAAUAUUCACUUAAAUUUGAUGACGGUUGGCUGAAUAAAUUGAUUACAAGAGAUACUUUUUAUCGCCUUGAUGAAGAAAUUCCCGCCAAAGUUCAAGCUAAAAGGUCCCAAGCUACUGAGGUUAGUGUUGAAAGCAUUUUCUGGGCCAAUAAUCGCAAAAAAAAUAAAAUCUUGAUCGACUAGGAGUAAUAUUUACAUCUACUAUUAUAUGGAUCAACUUUAAGAAACAAAAACAAUCGGUGGAAAACAAUCUAUUUAAUAAAAGGAUUAUCAUUUUAUAAAUUUCAUCUGUAACUCAUCUUAUAAAUAUUUAAAUUCACCACUAAACUGGAAACAAAAUCAAACCUGCGAGGAAGAUGAAUAAUUAACUCAUUAUGAUAACGAAAACCAAAAUUUAAAUGGAUAAACACAAUGAAACCAUCUCAUCACUUUUGUUUUUGCCCCCUCUCUCUCUCUCCCUUUCUCUUUCUCUUUCUCUCUCUUUCUUUUUCUCUUUCUCUCAUAAACUUGCAUCGGGCAUAUAAAUUGUCUCAUCUCUUUUCACUUAAUUGUUAAUCGAAUACGCAAAUUUCAUUGGCAUGGAUAUUUUUUCUUAAUCAAAACCAUUAUCCUUUAAUCAAAAUCACUUUUUCUCUUAACCGUUUAAAAAUUUCCCUUUGAUUCUUCUCGUUACCAAAAUUUGUUAAAAUCAAAAAAAAAUUGUGCCUUCUCUUACCACUCUAUCCUUCCAACUACCCACCCUCACUCUUCACCGGGUAAAUCCAUUUUUAUUCACUUAUUAAUUUCACUAUUUAACGUUUUCUUUUGCUCAUCAUUUGCAUUUUCUCUCAAAUCUCUAAUCCAUACCUCAUCUCUUAUAUAUUAUUUUUUGAUCUCAAAUUGUCUUAUUCAUUUGUCUUAUCCCUUUGACUUUCUCUCUCUCUCUCUCUCUCUCUUUUCUCCCUUUUCUCAAAUGAAAGAAACGCAAUGUAUAUUCAUCCAAUAUUUUUGAGCGCAAACAUCAACCCAAAUCUCAAGAAUCGCUUCAUCCAUUCAAACAUCAACUUCAUGAAAUCACUUAAUCUUGAUUAAUCUACUUUUUUUUGUUGUUUUCACAAAAAAAAAUUAACUGUAUAGAUCAACCAAAACCUUAGUAUUUCUUACCCAAUCCCUUCAAUGAAAAAUUCUGUUGAUGCAAAAAUUAAACAAAGAAAAACAAAACGAAAACACGAAAAAUUAAAUUGUUGAUAAGAAAAACGCAUGUAAUCACAAUUAGCAGAAUAAAUUAAUUCCUCUAAUUUUACCUGUGAAUUAUAAUCAAAA